AUGACGCAGUCGCUGUUCACGACACGCGCAUCAGUCGUGCCCGCGCGGCACAGGAGGAACGUCGCGCGGAGAGCGCUGCCCUCGCUCCCGUUCCUGACGAAAAAGAAGGCGUCGACGGCUCUCAGCGAUGUGUUAGACGCCAUCGAAGGCACUGACAGGGGCCUCGCGACGACGAAGGAGCAGCGGAAGCAGAUAGAGGAUGCAGUUCAACAGCUGUACGACGAGGCACAGGGCAAGAAGACCAACGGGAAGGAUCUGUCGGCCACGUGGAAGCUCCUGUGGACGUCGGAGAAGGAGACGCUGUGGAUUCUGAAGAACGCGGGUCUGUUCGGCACCGAGGCCGGGGAGGUGUACCAGGUGAUCGACAUGGCGAACGGCUCGCUGAACAACGUCAUCACCUUCCCGCCGGAGGGGGCCUUCACGGUCGACAGCUCCGUCGCGGCCAAGGACGACGUGCGCGUGGAGUUCAAGUUCAGCGGGGCGCGCGUCCGCACGCCCGGCCGCACCCUCCCGCUGCCCCCGUUCGGCCAGGGCUGGUUCGACAACAUCUACCUGGACGGCAAGUACCGCGUGGCCAAGGACAGCCGAGGAGACAUCCUGGUCACCGUGCGGGACGGCCCCCCGCGCGAGCUGUGA